AUGGUGAGAAGCCCAGCACUACUACAAGCACUAGGACCAUGCCUUCUGGCUUGGUGCCUAAUGUGCCUCCAUGAUGUGGAAGCCAUUUCCAGUAUAGGUGAUACUGUAAACAACAAGAUACCCACAACAGGCAUAUGCAAACAAUCAUUAUCAACACGUGGAGGUGCUUCCAGUAUUAGGAAAAGUAGAGAGGAAGAUCCCUUUAUUUCCGUCGCUCGUGCCAUUCAAGAUCGUUUGGCAGACGUGAUGCAAGAUUCUUCGCCGCUUGAAGUGGGAGAUAUUGCGGAUGCCUUUGUCCAGCUAUCAUCGUCGCAGCAAACAUUCAAGGGUUUGGAUGGAGCCGCUCAUGAGGCGUAUCAACGAACCCAUACGGGAGAUGAUGUUGAUCUGUCAGUUAGAGGCAGAGCACGACGAAGUGCCGCUCGAGCUGCUGCUACAGCUGAUGGACUUGGAGCCUGUGAGCUUUGUGAGUUGCUUGAAAUUCCACUAUUGGACGAGGAGGAGGCAUCAGUCAAUGGGACUCUGGUGGGUCGUCAAGUUCUCUUGAAUCUGACGGUAGGAGAAAGCAACAUUUCCGUGGGAAAGGGCAAGCUAUCAGUAGUGGUUCUGUACGAACCGCUUUAUACAGGUGGUGCUGGCUUGAUGCAUGGUGGAAUUGAAGAACAAAACAGCAAGAUUCGGAGCAAGUCUAAUUCCGGACGUCUGCUUGUAAUUGUCAGCGACCAACUACAACAAGAUUUGACGCGGUCCUUACAAUUGUUGGAUCAGCCAGCCAAACAUGUGCGUCUCAGUUCUGGGCUUGUAAGUGGUGAGGUUGCUUCGGUGCAGCCCAGCUUGUACAAGGCAGCAGGGUUGUUGCUGGAGACUCUGGCACCCAUUCUUCGACAGUACGAUAAUUCAACCUCAGCAAUUCACUUUGUCGGACGAUCCUUGGCGGGUGGUGUUGCAAAUCUUGCUGCCAUUAUGUUAGAUGGAAGCCUUCCCAUGCCCAAGAAAAACAAAAAGGCCAACAAAAAGUCCAAGAAAAACCAGUCAGCUGCACCGGUCGAGGCAAGCCCAUCCAAAGAAGGUAACGAUCUGCCAAUGAAUGCCACCUCGGAUGCGAAUGCCACAAACGUGCAACCACUGUCAGGUCUGGGAAGGGACCGAACGUCCUGUGUUAGCUUGGGAGCUCCUCCCUGUGUCUCGGCCAAUGUCGAAUCGGAGUUUAUCAUUUCCAUCCUUUAUGGUGAUGACAUUAUUUGUCGAGCAUCCAGGGCCAGCUUCGAUCGGCUCUUGGAUCGGUCCCAAAAAGCAAUCAAGAGCAAGGGAUGGUUUGGAGGGAAGCAACUCAACAUGAUGGGGGAUGCCUUCUCCUUGACAAUGUCAAGUUUGAGGUCGCAUGCACACGGGAGUGAAGGAGAAGAGCUGCGAUUGGCCACGCCUGGUCGAGCAUAUUUAUUGCGACCAAGACGACUGGGAGGUGCCUGUAGCAUUCAUGAAGUGGGAAACCGACUCAAGGGAGGACGAGAAGCAUUACGAGCGCAUAUUUUGUGGCAGCUAGAUGAUAUUCUGCUGAGCAAGAGCUUAUGGAAACAUCAUCAAUUGACUUCGUACAUUCAUGGACUGGAUAGAGCGCAUUUGAGGGGCUUUUCGGAUGAUGCCGAAGAAGAGGAAGAUUAUUAA